ACAAGAAAGCAAUUGAACAAAAGUUAGUUAAAUAACAUUUAGACUUGGGACAGGAUGGUUAACAGGCUUGCGUUUCUAUUCUUUUUCGGACUUGUGAUUACGUUUCACUUUCCUAUAAUGGUUGAGGCAAUAUCAACUAGCGACACUACGAUCACUACAGAAUAUACAACAUUUACUAUAACACAUUCGGAGAAAAAUGAAACCGAAUCAAACUGUACCUCAACGUCAGAAUCCGCCACGACGCUGCCUUGUCCGGCAAUAACAUCUGCAGUAACGGACACAACAAUGACCUCACCUUCAAAUACGGAAGUAACUACAGACCCAGAGAGUAUGUCCACCGGUGAACUAACAACACAUAUUACCGACUCAUUUACUACAAAAGCAGAGUUGUCAACGAAUACCAUAUCAACAGACAGGCCAUUACCAAAUGAAACCUUUACGGCAGAGCAAAAUACACCUAGCCCAGUCACAUCAUUGACAACCACUAAGAAAAAUACGAUAGCAGGCAAUCCCCUCAGUGUAUCUUACCCUCUCAGAGACCAUUGUAUGUAUAUCUCGGCUACGUUAAGUAUAGAUCUUGGCAACUACAACGACUCUCUAGAGCCAGCUCUCAUAGCACAGUUCAUAGCUGAGAUGGGCAGCCUGUUGGAAAAGACGACAGGAUUCGCGGGUAUCCAAGUAAAACGAGUAUUUUCGAACAUCGUAUCUCACAGAAUGAAACGUGCAGACAACAAAGACGUCACAAUCGAGUACGCAGUGCUUCUGAUAGGCGAUACUGACCUGAAUGAAACAAUCCAAACCAUACCUGACUCGCCUAGAAAUAUCAGUCUUCUGGGUGACAACACGUUUCUUAUAGAAUGGAAGCAACUAGGACACGCCAUUAACACGACUAUGGAAGCAUUACAGAUGAACGUGUGCUCGGUGUUCAAUGAUGUAGAAACAUGCAGAGCUGGAUUUAGUUGCAGGAGAGACUCCGUUAACAUAAUAUGCAGCCAUGUCUGCCUGAAGGUGGCAAAAUGUGGCGCCAAUGGAGUGUGCUAUUUUGACGAAAUUGUUAACGACGCCAUGUGCCGUUGUAAAGAGAGCGAUGACCGCUACUACACUGGUACGGACUGUGGCGUCGAGGCGUACAAGCUAGCUCUGCCACCGGGGGCCGUCAUUGGCAUCAGUGCGGGUCUUGGUGGCGCCUUACUGUUCGUGAUACUCGUGCUCGUAGUUAGGAUAUGGAAAAUCAACAGAAAAAGCGUCGGAAAACCGGAAAGAAACUCUUUUGAUCGAGAGAUGACAACGUGGGAAUGCAAUCCAAACAGUGAUGACCGUGGCAUCACCGAGGAGCGACGAAACGAUUUCAAUGCAAGGCACUACAGAGGCAGCCAAGACCAAGAUCAUUUGGCAGGCCCGACGCACAUGUACCCGUAUAACAGCCAGACUGAAGCGAUCUGUAUUAAACCAGGGUCCUCACUGUGCAACCUGACAUUCCCAGAGUAUAAGUUCGAGAUAAGUAGACCUAAACUUGUACUGGGUCGAAACGGACGUUUCUAAACAGACAAUUUAUGAUGACGACAAUUUGAACUUUCUCUUACCAUUAUUUUUGAUUGACGUCGGGCAUGAAGUAAGAG